AUGGUAGCCUUCAUUCCAGCCUUAGCCUUAUGGACGGUUGGAGCGCUGAUUGCCGCCCAGUUCCUCAAGCCAAGACUUCCUGCCUAUUCCUUUGGGAUUAAGAGCAUGUGGCCAGCAUGGGGCGGCAGGGCAAAGUUGGGAGCGGACGUUUGGCUCCGCAACGACAAUUAUGUUCCUAUCGAUAUUUAUGCCUUGGCAUGCGAUGUCUAUUAUCCCGAUUGGCAGGGGGGAUUGAAUCAUAUUGGGCAUGUACACGAUACUCAAAAAGUGGAACUGGAGGCAGCUGCCCUUGCCUGCCGAGGGGGUGAUGCCAAUGCCGUCAACGACGAAGAAUGUGUGGAACCAAAGAAGCAACCCUUAUGGAAGAUUCAACCCCGGAGUGAUUUUGAAAAGGACGAUCAUGUCUAUUUGCAACCUGUUUCAAUUGGUUUUGGCGCCCUUACUAGUUUACUCUAUGACAUGUUUUGGCAGUAUGGCAUCGUUUAUGUCCCUUCUAGCAUGACGGUCCAAGUCAAGGCAAAUAAUAAGAUUCGAGUGACCAUGAGCAUUUUAUGCGACAAUGAAUUGAAUGUCUGGACUUUGAAACUGGUGGGAACUACUUGUGAAAUCGACACUUUGAUGAUGGGGUGGUCGGAUAUGCCAGGCCAAGUGGAACGAUUACGAACCAAAACAAUUGAUGGACAUCAACCACAUCCAAAUAUAGAUACACGCAAUUCCUCUAUAGUAGGGAAGAAACCAGAACCACCCAACUUUCAUGACGAAUAUGAAAAGGCACACAAAAAGACGAGUUGGAAGGAUGUGCCCCUUUUUGGAUCUUGA